AUGAAUAAUUCUGCAGCAAAGGUAGGAGAAAUUUUUACUGAAGCUGGUGCAGCAUUUAAUAAAUUAGCAGAAAUGACCAUGUUGCUGCAUCCAUUAGCUGAAUCAUCCCCUAGUUUGCAUACAAAAACAACAGUAAAAAGGAAAACAGCUGAAGAAAAAUCGAUGCCUGCCAGCAACAAUAAUUCUGGACAGGUAACACUCAAUAUGCUCAAUGCUCAGGAAACAGAAAUGGAUGUAGAGGGAUUAAGGAACGAUGUUAAGUUAGAAUUUGAGUCAAGUGCAGAAGACGUAACAACA